GCGCAUUGUCGCUGUGCACUUCAAGGCAAGGACCCUCUCACUGAGUCUCAGGCAAGGACUCCUGCCAAGGAGGUACCUAGGUACAUAGGUAUUACUAGGUAAUUAGGUUAUCUAUUGAUGAUGUGGUGCCGCAUGCGGAGCCGCAUGGAGGCUCCCACUUCCGGCCCUUGCAUUUGGGAGGCCAGCCUAGGUAAUAGGCCGGGGAGCACUGACUGAUGCAGAGGCCUGCGAGAUGGAAGCAGAUUGGUCGCGAGCCUGCAGGCGAUGCAGAACGCCUCCGACAAUUAAUAUACCAGCAUCAAUGAAGUAUGUAUUUUCCAGGCUAUAAUGAUGGACCCAGAAGCAUCGCAAUGGAAGGCUGAUUUGCAUGACUUCUUGUCCAAGCCAGCAUCAUCAUUGGUCGAUACUACCCCCGUGGCAGUCGACACAAGACAAACAGAUAGCUGCCUAGAUGUAAGCAGGCGACCUGUGGAUCAGCGUGGUUCUUUACGAAGUCAGUUGAAUAGACUCUGGUUCGAAAACAGUAACACCAGUAGCGGAGUGGCAAUUCAAGGACAAAGCCAAAAAGGCCACUCCAAAGAGAAAGCUGUGGAGGAACAGGCAACAGUACGACCAGUCAAGCUGGAUCACAAUGCUAUCGCUUUACUGCAAAAAGCGUUCCGGAGCUGGCAUGGAGUUGCUGUGUAUAUGAGGGGCGAAAGGAAUGGGGCGCAUCCUUCAGAUGUUGAGAGGCCUUACGUCCGGGAAGAUGGUCCCCCAAAUUCCACACGGAUAAGCAGCAUCGCGACGGAUGCGGCUGCCUCAGGGCGCCCACAGAGGCCGCAGCCAAUAGAAACGGAGGGUAUGGGAAGAGGGAAUUUGGAAACCGGGCCUGCUCAAAGAGUAGCACAGGAAACACCUGUGGGUCCGUGGGAAAACCUGCAAGGCUGGGUGAGGGAGGCGGGUCAGGAGGCAGCGCGCCGCUUGGUGCGCGGAGGCGUUCUUCAGUCGCUGAUUCAAGAAGCCUACAGAGCUGGCUUAGAGGCAGGCAGCACACAGCGCGUGCAAAAUCCACCCACAGCGCAUGUUGAUACGGAAAUCCCUAAUAGCAGGAAAUGCAAAACGGAGUUGAUGGCGUCUCAAGCAGGCGGGGCUGGAGAAGAGACCUCUAUUUGGCGGCAGGAAGUGGUCAAGGGGUUGGAAGCUUUGGAACGGCAGGUAGCUGCAAGCUGUGCCAGGGCUUUGGAGGCAUCAAAGCGACUGGAGUGCAGUCUGGAGGGAGCAACGGUCGUUGAGCUGGCGGCCAUAGAGAGGCUGGUCGAAGAGAAGGUGUGGCAGACCCGGGAGGAGUGUGAGCAGCAUAAGAUAGCGGCGAUGGAGCGGACAGAACAUGAGCUGGCGGCCACGAAGGCAGCUCUGCAGGCUUCCCUAGCGAGGGAAGGCUUCGAAAUGGGCCACCGUGAGGGAGCUCGAGCUUCGGGAAGGGGUGUGGCUGAAGAAGCACGUGGCCAAUCAAUGCAAACGGAUCCGAACGUGAAAGACCUAGGUACUGAGUCCACCAGCCAUGUAGCCUCUGCUGCUUUUUCUGGUGAUUCCUGGUUCAUGCGGGAUGAAGUAGAAAUGGAAGUAAGCGAAUCUCAGCCGGUCGGACUGUCUGUUGCUGAAGACCUCCCAGACAUGCGGGAGGAUAACCUACGUUUUGAGUUGGAACGGGCAAAUGAAGAAAGCGUGGUCCUCGAUAGAGUGGCUGCCCAAGUGGCUGCCUGGAGGGUGGAGACGAAUCAAGAGAGGGCUCAACUAGAGUCUACAAAUAGGAUGUUGCAUGCUGAGGUCAGAGAACUUCGGCUCAGGGCCGAAGUUGAGAGGACGGCGCAAAAGAAGGCUGCACUCUCGGAGGCAAUCCAGCCGUGCGCCGAGGCGCAGGACUCCUUGUCGAAGGUCUUGCAAGCUGUGCAGGCCCUUCAAACAUUGUCAGAGAAGAGGCCUGAUACGCGUUCAUCAAGGUGCGAGGCCAUGCGGUUUCCAAUUCCAUGCGUCGUACAGGCACUGUGCACAUGA